AUGUUUAAGAAAGAAUUCGACGACUUCAAAAGAGAAUUCGAAAUAUCGCUAAAUUUCCUUGGCGAGCAAAUAUCAAACAUGGAAGAAUGUGUCAAAAGUCAGGAAUUGAAAAUUAAAGCGCUUGAAAACAAAAAUACCGAACUUUUAAAUAAAAAUAAGAACCUGGAACUACGAGUGUCCUGUGUCGAGAUCCAAAUGCAGAAAAUGGAACAAAAAGCUCUUUCGCAUUCCUUGGAAAUAUCGGGGCUUCCUGAAGUGGCUUUGCAGAAACCUCAAGACACUAUAAAAUCAGUUGCCAAUAAGCUUAAGGUUGAAUUCGAAGCCGUAAAUUCCACACGUAGCAUGCCGAUUCGUAAGGAUCAUCCGUGUUCUCUCCUGGUGGAAUUAAAAACUACCGAAUCCCGCGAACAAUGGAUUUCAGCGGCUAAGCAGGUGACUCCUACAGUUGGCGACAUUGUACCUAACGCAUUACACGAAAUGAAAUGA